CCAAACCGACUACUCCGACCGGUGGUAGUUACCAGUCGGGUAUAAACUUUGCGGAUAUUCCUAUAAAACCGAAUAAAAAUCUCACACGUGCCAAAUUCCAUUUCACUUUUAAUAAAAACGGAUAAACAUUGACCAAAACAUAAAGAGAGAGAGAGAGAGUCUCCACAAAAGAGCGAAACGACACAGCAAGUCUACUCAGCACUUACCUUAAAAUGAACCAAUCCUUAUCGUCUCACAUUCUCGCUAAUACCAGCGUCGGCCCACCGCAUCCCAAACCACCAUAAUAACCAAAUCCAGAUCCAUCAACUCUCUCUUCACUCUUCUUCUAAUGGCUUCUUCUCUUAACCUCUUCGUCUUCUCCUUCCUCUCUGCUCUUAUCAUUUCCAAAUCUCAGAUCUCUCAUUCCGUCAACGGACUCGUUUUCCCUGUUCUUAAAGACCUACCAACCGCUCAAUACGUCGCUCAUAUUCGCCUCGGUGACUCUCCCGACCCGGUCAAGCUCGUCGUCGAUCUCGCCGGUUCGAUUCUCUGGUUUGAUUGUUCAUCUUCGCAUGCUAUCUCGUCAUCACGGAGUCUUAUCUCCGGCAGCUCUACCGGCUGCCUUAAGGCCAAAGCUGGGAAUCAAAAAGUAUCUUCGUCACCGCCUGGAGACCUCCAAAACGCUGACGAUUGCGAAUUGCUUGUUAAUAACGGCGCCGUUGGGAUUACGGCGAGAGGAGAGCUUUUUAGUGACGUCAUGUCAUUUGGAUCUGUUACUUCUCCGGGAACCGUUGAUCUGCUUUUCGCCUGUACUCCUCCGUGGCUGCUUCAUGGGCUCGCUAGUGGAUCCCAGGGAGUAAUGGGCUUAGGAAGGGCCCAGAUCUCUCUCCCUUCCCAACUCGCUGCCGAAACCAACGAACGUCGCCGUCUAACUGUUUACCUUUCGCCGUUUGACGGCGUCGUGUCAACGAGUUCGGUUGAGGAAGUUUUCGGAGUAGCUACGUCUAGAUCGUUGGUUUACACGCCUCUGUUAACCGGCUCGAGUGGUGGUUACGUAAUUAACGUGAAAUCGAUCAGAGUCAACGGGGAAAAGCUCUCCGUCGAUGGUCCGUUAGCGGCGGAGCUGAGUACGGUGGUUCCUUACACGAUGCUGGAAAGCUCGAUCUACGCAGUGUUCGUUGAAGCUUAUGCUAAAGCUGCGACUAAAGCUACACAGGUGGCUCCCGUCGCACCGUUCGGGCUCUGCUUCAAGACUGAGGUAGAAUUACCGGAGGUGGAUCUGUCGUUGCAGAGCGAGAUGGUGAGGUGGAGGAUCAAAGGGAAGAAUCUAAUGGUGGAAGUCGGAGGUGGAGUCCGGUGCUUGGGGAUUUUAGACGGCGGCUCGAGUCGGGUCAACCCGAUUGUAAUGGGUGGGCUACAAUUAGAAGGCUUGAUAUUGGAUUUCGAUUUGGGUAACUCAAUGAUGGGAUUUGGCCAAAGAACUCACUCUGAUUCAGCUUCCUUGUAAUACCAAACCGUUGUAACACAUUAACUCGUAGAUAUCCUCGAUUUUGAUCUCUUUUGUGUGUACCCUUUUUCACGCAUUUGUACUACUACUAAUAGAUUUAAAGCACAGUUUCUCCUUA